GGGUAACAAGUGACGCACAUUAUCAUGCCUGCUCUGCAAUACCACGGACUAGUAGGUGCAUUCCGGUCCUUGUAAUUUUAUUGAUUCAUCUCACCUCAGUAGCCCAAGUAUGACCACAAAUAAUAUGGAAAUUGAUGAUGCUCUGUACAGUCGUCAGCGCUAUGUUCUUGGAGAUGGGGCCAUGCAGAAGAUGGCUAAGUCACACAUUUUCCUGAGUGGCGUCGGAGGACUUGGUGUGGAAAUAGCCAAGAACAUAGUCCUUGCAGGAGUAAAGGCACUUACAAUCCAUGAUACACAAAUAUGCCAGACCUGGGACCUAGGAUGUAAUUUUUUUAUUCGCCAGGAUGACAUUGAGAAGCAGAAGAAUAGAGCUGAAGCAUGCCAACAUCGUAUUGCAGAACUUAAUCCUUAUGUCGAAGUAUAUUCUAUGACUACACCCUUGGAUGCAGCUACAGAUCUGUCCUUUCUACAGCAGUAUCAGUGCGUGAUUUUAACGGAAACCAAGAUUUCACUACAGAAGAGGAUAAAUGAAUUUUGCCAUUUACAGCACCCCCCCAUUAAGUUCAUCAGUGCUGAUGUGUAUGGUAUCUGCUCUCGCUUAUUCUGUGACUUUGGAGAUCAGUUUGAAGUAUUUGACACAACUGGAGAGGAGCCAAAAGAAAUUUUUAUUGAGAAUAUCACACAGUCAAAUCCUGGAAUUGUCACCUGCAUUGACAGUCGGCCUCACACACUGGAAACAGGACAGUCAGUAGUAUUGCGUGAAGUUAACGGAAUGUCUUCGUUAAAUGGUACCACGCACCAGGUAACAGUGAUUUCACCAUAUUCCUUCAGCAUAGGAGACACAACGCAUAUGGAUCCUUAUCAGCAUGGAGGAAUAGCUGUACAAGUUAAAAUGCCCAAAAUAUUCUGCUUUGAAACUCUUUCAGAACAGCUUUUUGAUCCCCACUGCCUUAUUGUAGACUUCAGCAAACCUGAGGCACCGUUAGAAAUUCACACUGCAAUGUGGGCCUUGAAUGAAUUCCAGGAACAGUACAGUCGCUUGCCAAAUAUUGGAUGCCUGCAAGAUGCUGCAACACUGCUGAAGCUAGCAGAAUCUGUGAGUGACAGACUGGCAAAGAAACCAUCUAUUAAUCCAUGUCUUGUGAAAUGGCUGUCUCGAACAGCAAAGGGUUUCCUAGCCCCUCUUGCUGCGGCUUCUGGAGGAAUAGUUAGCCAAGAAGCAUUGAAAGCUGUGACAGGAAAAUUUUCACCGCUGCAACAGUGGUUGUACAUGGAUUCAAUGGAAGUGACUGAGCCUCUUGAACAUGUUGGCCAUGAGCAGUUUUUGCCAGUGGGAGAUCGUUAUGAUGCACUUCGGACAUGCAUUGGAGAGUCCAUGUGUCAGAAACUUUACAACUUGAAUGUUUUCUUAGUGGGGUGUGGAGCCAUAGGCUGUGAAAUGCUAAAGAAUUUUGCACUGCUUGGUAUUGCUAGCAGACAAGACAAAGGAAUGAUCACGGUUACAGAUCCUGAUUUAAUUGAAAAGUCCAACCUCAAUAGACAGUUUCUGUUUCGGCCACAUCAUAUACAGAAGCCUAAAAGUUGCACUGCAGCAAUGGCAACUUUGGAGAUCAACCCAGAGCUAAACAUAGAUGCCCACCUCAACAAAGUUUACCCAGCAACUGAGAACAUUUACAGUGACAAAUUCUAUAUGAAGCAGAAUGUGGUGGUUACAGCGUUAGACAAUGUGGAAGCAAGACGGUACAUUGACAGCCGCUGUGUAGCAAACCAGUGUCCUCUCUUAGAUUCUGGCACUAUGGGUACCAAAGGACACACUGAAGUCAUUGUACCACAUCUGACCGAAUCAUAUAAUAGCCAUAGAGAUCCACCUGAAGAAGAAAUUCCAUUUUGUACCUUGAAAUCAUUUCCUGCACUUAUAGAACACACUAUUCAAUGGGCAAGGGAUAAGUUUGAAAGUGCAUUUUUCCACAAGCCUUCACAAUACAACAAAUUUUGGCAGACAUAUCCAUCUGCCGAAGAAGUGUUGCAGAGAAUGCAGACCGGAGAGACUUUAGAGGGCUCCUUUCAAGUUGUUAAGUUGUUGUGUAGAAGACCAAAAAACUGGGCACAAUGUGUAGAAUUAGCAAGAAUCAAAUUUGAAAAAUAUUUCAACCAUAAGGCUAUUCAGCUGCUACAUUCAUUCCCACUUGAUACAACGCUGAAAGAUGGAAGUUUAUUUUGGCAGUCACCUAAGAGGCCUCCUUCUCCACUACACUGCGACUGUAAUGAUCCAUUGCAUUUCAGCUUUAUAGUGAAUGCAGCAAAACUGUUUGCAGUGACGUAUAACAUCCCUUACAGUGAAAAGGAUGUUACAAAAGAAGCUAUUUUAAAGAUCCUUUCUCACAUCACUGUUCCAGAAUUUAGGCCAUCUGAAAAGAUCAUAGAAACAGAUGAAAAUGUGAAGAAGCCAGAACAUUCAUUAAGCAGUGAAGAUGAGAGAAUUGCUAUUGACCAGUUGACAGCAGCUAUAACCUCACACAGUGCCACACGUGCGUAUCUUCAGAUGACUGCAGUCACCUUUGAGAAAGAUGAUGAUAGUAAUGGUCACAUAGACUUUAUUACAUCUGCUUCCAAUUUACGAGCCAGAAUGUACAAUAUUGAGCCAGCUGAUCGUCUGAAGACCAAGCGUAUAGCUGGCAGGAUUAUUCCUGCCAUAGCAACAUCUACUGCUACUGUGUCUGGGUUGGUUGCUCUGGAAUUAAUAAAAGUUAUUGGUAACUACACAUAUGAAGCUUACAAGGACUGUUUCUUUAAUCUCGCCAUUCCAGUCAUAGUAUUUUCUGAGACAUCAGAAGUAAGAAGGAUAAAAAUAAGAAAUGACAUAUCAUUCACAAUUUGGGACCGAUGGACAAUUUAUGGAAAAGAAGAGUUUACCCUUUCAGAUUUCAUAGAUGCAGUCAGGGUGAAGUACAGAGUAGAGCCAACAAUGGUUGUUCAUGGAGUCAAGAUGUUGUAUGUUCCAGUGAUGCCAGGGCACAACAAAAGACUAAAGUUAACAAUGCACAAGCUUGUGAAACCAUCAGUAGACAAGAAGUACAUCGAUCUGACUGUUUCUUUUCCACCUGAGUCAGAUGGUGAUGAAGAUUUACCUGGGCCCCCAGUUAGAUACUAUUUUUGUCAAGAAGGCCAGCAAUGACAUCACCUAAUGGAGUUAUCAGAGGACCACUGACUAAAAGGGCUGUGUUACUCUUUGGAAAACUUUGUAUUGCACUGCACUGCAUACAAGUCCUAUGCAGAAGCCUUAAAGAAAUAGAAACUUGUUAGGGGACAGAUAUGUACAGAUGUUAAAGAAUUAGAAGAAGGGACAGUGUAUAUUGGGAAGUAUGCAUUGUAGAAAACUACAAAAUGUGCAUACUUUUGAUGGGGAAAAUCCCAUACCACAGAUAGCUGAGGAACUGUAUGCUGUUAGACAUAAUAAGGACUUAAAUGUAAGAGGAAGGUUGCACUUCAGUCUGUCCAGCAUGUCAUCUCAUCAGACUGGAUGCAGGUCAUCUUGAGAGAAAGUGCAAUAAAAGUGCAGCUUCAUUGUAACUUGUAUUAUUUUGAAAGGCAAAAAGCAUAAUCUGCUAAUUUUUCUCAGUUAUGAUUCAUUGUUUGAAAAUGGAAACAAAAACACGUAUGGCACAACAGAUUCUAAUGUACAUUUCCUAGGGUGUAUGUUUUACAUAAAAUGUUUUUGGAAAGGUAUUGCAGCUUUGUUACCACAAAGGUACCUGAGUAAUUUAAAUUUGUGGAGCAUACCUAUUUGUAUCUUAGAUGCUUACUGUGGCCCUGAUGACAGCUUCACUUGACAGCUUUAGUACCGCAGUACCUUAUAAUGCUACUGCUUCUCUUAGACUUGAUCAGAACAAGUGAUUGAAGGCAGAAGACUGAGUAUGAUGUUUUUGACAUUAGAAGGUCAGUGUGGCUGGAUGGUCACUGGAAUAUGUGCACUGCUGCUGUUGUCCACAGUUGUAGAACCUUUUUUAUAUGUUAUACCAGUAGGUCUUCCUCACAACUUUUGCACUUUUGCUUUGACUCUUGUAUUAUUUGUAACUGAAAAACAGCACUAUGUGGUUAUUAAAAUUGCUGAGCAUGUCCACAUGUUGCAUAGAGGCUUACUUUGGCCUAGAAGACAGCUUAGCAUGGCAGCUUUAAUACUGCAGCACCUUAUCAUGCUGCUUUUUCUGUUACCCAUGGAGCUGCUCAGGAGGUUGAGGACCAAAGACUGACAUUAGAAGGUCUGUGUGGCUGGCUGGUCACUGUCAUUGGUCACUGGGGUAUGUAAAUUGCUUCUUUCCACAGUUGUAGAACCUUUUUUUUUUUUUUUUUGUUAAGUUAUUUCAGUAGGUCUUCCUCACAAGUUCUGCACGAUGGAUGUGAGCUAUGUAUUGUACCAAAUGAACAGCACUAACAGCAACGUGUGGUCCUCUCUAAGAAGCAGACUAAAAAAGUAAUGGUAUUUUACCACCAUCAGAUAAAGAACUAGUUAUAGUCUGAAGGCUUGCCGGGUUAACAUAUUAAUGGUGAUAAAAUGUCUUUUGCAGCAUUACUGAAGAGAAAGUGAUGUGGUACUUGUGCAUUAUGCUUGCCCACAGGUUCUUGUCUCUUGGACAUCAGCAAUAUUGAUUAAGUGGUCGUUACAAAUUGAGCCUAAAGGUAGCAUUACACACAAUUACCUCUGUAGUUGCCAGUACACUAUUUUAUAUUGUGAAGAAUGCCUUCAUUUUUAUGAUUUUUUUAAUCCAUAUUUUGUGGUAUUAGUCAGGAUUGUUUCUCCUUUUGCCUUGCAACAGUCAUCUGACAGUUUUCAGUCCUUUACUUUUUGAACUGUCACAUAAGUGACUGUCUAAAAGAGAUGUUUAUCUCUUAUUGAGAAUGGUCAAAGAGUAGUUUGGAAGUUGAUUCUUAAAUAUCCUACUGAUAAUGUCAUUAAUUGUAGUUGGCAACUUCUAAUUUAUUCUGAAUUUCACCUAAUUGGAUGUGUGAAUGUGGCUGUUAGUAAUGUGAUAUCACAGAAGGCAUUUUACCUUAUUGUCUUAUUGUUUCUGUAAGCCAUAUGCAGUUAAAACUGUUGGACAUUUUAGGACUUUUAAUGUUCUGCAUUAUCGCAGAAUGUAGUAAGUGACAUUCUGAAGAAUUGUUUUGCAUUGCUAAGUUCCCUGCAUGGUAACUUGCUGCCUUGCCCUCACCCAUUAGCCCAUCAGGUGGGCUAGUAUUAUAUUGCCUUAGUUACCUUCAUUUGUGUGAGUUUUCAGGGUGUUGGAUUCAUGCUGUGUUCUUCUCAUCUGAUCAGCCCAGUGCCAGAUCCAUCCAGCCUGAUUAUGGGAAGCAUCCCAUAGUGUCAUUUGGUUGUAUUGGGGUACUUUGGGCCUUCUCAGCCUUUCUGUUUUAGUUAGCCCUAACAAAGGACUUACAAGGUAAGCCUGUCCCAGGAGUUGUUAUAGCUCCGUUGUGAGAGUUGUGCCAGUUGUUAUAACUCUUGGUGAUAGCUAGUGUAUUGGCUGCAGGAGUUCAUUCAUAAUUAUGUCAUUUGGAUGCUUGUGGUAGGCCUGUCCCUGGCCUCUUGUUGUCAGCUGUCUCCUGAAUAUGUACAGCUGCACUUUGGGCUUCAUCUAUUUGACACAUUACUUGCUGUGAUCACGUGUAUGUGCUUCAGUGAGCACCGGUGAGAUUAGACAUCUGGAGCAUUGGUGAGAUUAAACGUCUAGAGCAGGUGAAGGACACAGGCUCCUGUGUCCAGCCAAAUCUUUUUGGAAGUCUGAAGGGGAGGACCUUUUCUUGUUGCAAGAGUAGCUGAGAAGGCUGCUGCUUCUCCUGUCUCCUCUAGGAAUGGUACCUUGUUAAGGGAAGCUGUGAGUUAUAUGUGGUCGUUUGAUUUUUUUUGUCUUGUGAUUCCUGGAGGAUGAUACUACUCUCUCUUAUCUCUUGGAGACAGUAUGUGAGAGUGUGUUAUUUUGGAAGGUUGGAGGCAACUAUACUUGACUGCUGCUGCACCCAGUACAGCUGAUUUAUGUUGCAUUGACAUCUGGCAGACUAGAGAAAGACAUUGUACAGACAUAUUCAGGCUUAUCAUAUGGCCUCAGGGGACCUUCUUUGUCCCAGGAGGCCUUGGUUUUCCACUUGGCCAUCUGACAGAAUUGUAUAUGAAGGAGACAGGACAGAUAAGAAUGUGUUUGCCCACCAUAUUGUGGCUUAGAAUCUUCAGCUGUUUUUUUCUUCUCCAAGUUCUACUCCUUCCUUCUUGAGUAUUUGCUUCUGGGCUUUAACCCUCUAACAGUUCCACAUGAAACAGCUCUUCAGUGAUUAUUAUAAGAUCGUUUUGAUAUCUUGCCUAUGGCAGCAUUGUUGGGGCUGCAUUUAGACUAUAUUUGGAUGUGAUGGGAAGAGGGGCAAUGUUAGACAGGUAAAGAGAUCUGUUUCAUUUAGAGUAUCCACAGUUGGAACAAAUUGGUGACUAGCCUACUUGAAAAAUUUUACUUCCGAAAUUUUGUGUACAGAAUUGUGACUUAAUUGCCCCACCUUCUGUUGGUUCUGGCUUUGUGAUUCUAGCCCUUUCUUUAUCUGGAGAAACCAAGUUCACUGGUGUUGUGGAAGCUGCUCCCCUCCCCCUCCCCAACGUUUGGGUCUGACAUAACUAGCCUUUUAUGAUUACUGCAAAGUUGCUUUUUUUCUGUGUUGUGUUUACCUGUUCCUGUUGAUUGUUAUCCCUCCUCUGUUCCAGUCAGACGCACUCAUCCCCGUUAUCUUAGGAUUUUUACACAGGAUCAGGAUGAUAUAUGUCUAACGGAGGCCUCAUUCAGACAGCUGUGAGAGUGCUUUAUGCCCUUGCCAGCAUUCUAGAAACACUGGUAUAUGUUAUUUUUUAAUCCUGCCCUUGGCAGGAAGACAGGGAGUGUGCAUCACCAUAGUUGCUCACAGUGACGCCUUCUCAUGGUUGCUUGAUGCUGCAUGCCCCGUAUGAAGUCUGCCAUCUACUGGUGGCUUUGCGAAUCCUAACACCUACAUGCAAGCCUUGCAUUUGGAUCCUAGCCCUUAUCGGAGGGCACCUUUGUAGUAUCACUGUUGCAGUAGUAUACAGCUAUAUGAAAUGUAUCUUACCAAAGAUCGAAUGUCCAGCCAUAAUACAAAAAUAUUUGGACACCUUCCACACACGCUGUACAUCCACGGAAGGAUGAGGGCAUAGCAUAAAAUGUGUGGGUGCCAAAAUUCAGAACUUUUUGCCAUUGAAAUAAUCAGUCAAAUUCCAUCUUGAUCUUUUGGGCAGAUAAGUAACCCCUUUUUGGAUUUUCCUUCCAUUUUUGGGAGAAAGUUGUAUAUUGUUGUUGCUUAUGUCUAGUAGAAAAGGGAAGUGUCUAUGUGGAAGGUAAACUCCUUAUAAAGAUUCCUACACAGAUUGAUUAUUUUGUUUAGAAGAGCUACAAGAUGUUUACUCAUGUAGUAUCUGCUUGACUUUAAAGCUAUCAGAAGCCAUCUUAGCACCAUUAACAUCUUUUUUAUAGAGAAUAAUAGCUUAAGACCUUCUUGAAAACAAAUAUGUACACCAGUGCCAGUACCUCUGAUGUCCCUCUUCUUGCGCAUAAGAAAAAGAUGGCUAAAGAGGUUUCUGAAGUGGGUUCUGCUUCACCUUCUGUCCCCCAACAGAUGACUCCGCUGUGUCUUUAUGGGAGUCCUUGGACUGUCAGUCUCUCUCUCUCUCUCUUCUGACCUCUCUCAUGCUUUUCCUGGGGAAUGCUGUUAAGGGUGAACAGUCUGCCACAUCCUCAGGGGUUGGACAUAUGCAUAUUACCAAGUAGGGAGGACCUCGCUCAGUGAUUUCAGAAGGGUUAGACAGUAUCCGUCAAGUGACUGUGAAGGAGGAAGCACUGGUUUCCUGUAGUGAAAACCAUAUGAGAAAUAUGACUGAGUUUAUCUUUGGAGACUCCUUAAGAGUUAAAAUUUUUAAACGUGUUUCUCCUCAAACUCCAUCUACAAAUGAGUGUAAGGAGAAAUGGGUAUUCCUUUGCCAAAGGCCUUUUUAAGGCUUUGCAGACAUUGCAGUCUGCUUUCCCUGUUUCUUCUCAUUUUAAAAAGGAAAAGCUCUCCCUCACUUUCAGGUAGUAACUCUAACACCGAAGAAGUUGUGCUGGACUAUGCCUGUGUCGUGUCUUCUCCAAAUCCUCUAUAAUCUGAGGAAGAUAUUUAUUUAAGUUCUACUAGAGAAGAAAUUUCAAGUUUAGACACUGUAGGUAGGAUGAAGGAUUCUUUCACUGGGAAAAAAAAGAAAUGAGCGAGACUCAAAAAAGAUGUUAUCUUUUGCAGGUAGAGACUACUAGGACUUUGGCCAUCCCUUCUGUCAUUUGUGCUCUGUAGGAUGCCUUUUAAUGUUGUAUGUACUACUCCUGAUGAUUAACCCUUGCACCCAAAACCAGUGACAGGCUUUCCAAAGUACUGCAGUCCUAUAAGUUCUUAUUUCGUAAACCUAUGUCUGACCCAUGGGUGAUUUUCUUAGCUAAGGUUUCCAGUUCUAAACACCUUACUGCUUGUAAUCCUGCAUCUUUUGUUAGGGAUAGAAGGGCUUUUGACUGGUACAGGGAAAAAAAGUUACACAUCUUUUAUCCUAGCAUUUAGAAUGUUUGGUUGUCAGGCUCACAUGACAAAACAUUUAGUACUGGUAACUUUUGCUGCCAUGAGUAAGACCAUUGCUGACUUGCUCUCUUCUAACACCAAAUCCGCCUUACUCAGCAUGAUUUCUUCUGUGAGUCAAAUUGCUAAGCAUUCUUUAAAUUGUUCAUAUGAUGCUGCUUAUGCACUAUGUUUACCAGCUGUGACUGGACCAGUUAUGUGCAGAUAUGCAUAGCUCAGAUCCUAGAAUCUGCUAUGAAGAUAUUAAGUCAAAAAUUCUUAAUGCUCCCUUGGGCAAAGAAGUACUUUCUGAUACUUCACCUGAAGUUUUCAAAAGGUUAAAUGAGAUAAACUCAUCCAAGGAUUCAAAUAAAUAUUUCAAUCUCCCAUUCAUAAGUUAACAGGUAUUUCCUUUACAGUCUUGGGCCUUUUUAUAGAAAACCUUUUAAGACCUUCCAACUCAAAUCUGGGAAACAGUAGUUCAAGAAACAGUGGUAUGGCAACUCAAAGAAAAAAGGAGGUGCAGGCCAGGCCUAAUCACAAUCCAAAAAAAAAAAAUGCCUUGCUCUGUUUUUCUUCUAACCUCCUCUUCUCUCCACCCUGGCCACACUCUCGCUAUUGCAGUAAAUCUUUCUCUUUGUCUUCCACUUUGCAGACUCUCUGGUACUGGAAAUUAUUCAAAAUGGAUACAGGUGACAGUGGGACUCUUUCCUUCCACACCCAGAAAAUCAGACCCAUCGCUUUCCUCCCAUCAUUUCCCUUAUCUUAGUUCAGGGUCUCUCAGAGUCAGUCCCAGAUUCUCAAAAAGGAAAAAUGUUUUAUUCAAGAGUUUUUCUAGUGCCCCAAAAAACAGUGACCCUGAAGACCUGUAUUGGACUUGUAUUUCUUAAAUGUUCCAAAAUACAGAAUGCUCACUGUUAAGUCUCUUCCUCUUAACAUGAUUCUUCUCUGUGUUUUUGAUGACUUAUGAAAUACUCUUAUCACCACAUACCCAUUCACAUAAACUUCAGAUGCUUUUUAAGGUUUUCAGUGUCUGGUUCACAUUUUCAAUUCUCUUUUUUACACUUUGACCUUUCUGUGGCUGCAGUGGUGGUCAUAUUUUUUCCCUAUUUAGACAGCUUUUUUAUUUUUGCCGGCACUGUUCAGAAUUGUCAAGAAUAUCUGCUUUUUGUUAGUAAUUUGUUUCGAAACUGAUGUUUUCACCUCGGUAUGGAGAAGUCACCUCUUAUUCUUUCUCAGAGAGUAACAUUUUUAGAUUGCCAGCUAGACACAUCUCCAAUGAUGGCUUGUAUUCCCUUAGAAAAUACAUUUUUAUUGUAUCCAUUUCCUUCAGUUUUCUCAGCAGUUAACUGCAGCAAGGGGAAUAUCUCAGGAUUUGAGGAUACUUGGCCUCUUCUAUCCAGAUGAUUCCACUGUAAAAGUUAUGUAGAAAGUUAAGUGGUUUCUCAAGUCAGUGUAGAUUCAUCACCAACAGCCUCCAUCUUUCCAGAUUCAAGUGCUGACUUAUCAGGAAAGACCUAUUACAAUGAAAACCCCAAACAGUAUUGAAUCCAAGUCUUCCAUUUUAUCCUGUACCCCCCUUCCAGUCUGUAACCACUGAUGCUUCAUACUUUGCUUGGGGGGGGGUGCUGUAUCUAUGGAAAUCCGUGAAUAGGGUCUUUGGGACUAUCAUUUCAAGAAGAAUCACAUAAGUGUCAAAUAAAAUGAUGGCAUUAAUAAAUACUUUAAAGACCUUGAAUCAUUUAUGGACUCCAGGACCUGUUUUGGUAAUCACAGAAAACACCAUUGUGGUGUGGGAUGUAAACAAACAAGGUGGGACCAGGUCUUACCCCCCUGGGCAGGAUUGCCAUGAUAGUCUGGGAACUUGCAAAUCAAAACAGUCUAUCCUUUCAGUGCAGAACACUGUGGCAUACAUGCUGAGGAGAUCUAGACAGACCCCCUCAAAUGGAAUUUAUACACUGGGUUCUUCCAUGAAGGUAUCUGCCCAUUGAGAAUUUCCCAAAUACAUCUAGUGACCUCCUUUCACAAGAGAGAGCUGAAAAAAAAUCAACUCCCAAAAACCUUGCAGGAAGACCUGGUAGACAGAUGGCUUUUUCUUUCAAAUGGACAGGAAUGUUUCUAUAUGCCAUCAUAUCUUUCCUGUGAUAACCAGAGUUCUUUUAAAGAUCCAAAAGGAGUCUUCAGAAAUAAUCUUGAUAGCUCCCUUUUGUCCCAGACAACAUUUGCUCUCCCUUCUCAUGAAAAUGGCCAUGGGCAAUUAAAAUGGUUCUACUCACAAAGGCAAACCGCAGUCUACAGAAACGUCAUUUAACUGCUUGGAUGAUAGAAUUUUGAUCCUUUUUAGGUAUACAACAGGUAUUAAAGGAGGUUAAAAAAACAGCUACUAGAAAAUCCUGUUUAGCUAAGUGGAAGAGAUUUUCUAGGUAGUGCCAGAAGAAGAACCAAGGUCCAUUUUAGGCUUAAGGCCCUCUGACUUCACUGUGUGUGUGAAUUGCUCAAAUCAGGCAUUCCUUAUUCUGUACAAAUUCAUCUUUUGGUGUUUUCUGCUAGUCUGCCUUUAGAAUCAAUUUUGAAAAAAUGGUUGCAUUAUGUUCACAUCAGAAUCAAGUAGAACCCCCCCCCCCCUUGGGAUCUCAACUUUGUCUUAAAAAAUUACUUUUCCAACUUUUGAACCAUCUCUUCAAGCUAACAUUAAAAUUCUGGAGUUGAAAAAACUGUUAUACUUACUAUUUUGAAUUCAGAUAGAAGAGUGCCUGCUUUGCAUGGUCUUUUGGUCAGUCAUCACUUUCUCAUAUUUCAUAGAAAGAGAGUAGAACCCAACCCAUCAGUCAUGCCAAAAGUGUUUUCUGGAUUUACUUUAAAUCAGUCUUUCCCAUUUCUAGAUCUCUUUCAUUCUAGAACCAAAGAGCAGAGGAAAAAGAGAAUCUUAUGUACUCUAAAUGUCCACAGACAACUCGCAUACUACAUUGAGAGAGCAAAAGACUUUAGAGCUUCUGACCAACUAUUUUGCUUGAUGGAAAAAAUGAAGGUCAAACAGGGUUGAAACAAAUUCUAAAUGGUUGCCCAACUCUGUUGUUCUAAUCUUGGCAAGACCCUACCUCAAAAGGUCAAAGCUCACUGUGCCAGAACUCUGCCUACUUCUGGGGCAGUUUGGAAAGGGGUGGGCUCUAGAACUCUUCUAAAAGCAGCUACUUGGUCAUCUGUAUGCACCGUCACUAACCAUUACAAAUUGAUUCUUUUUCCAAGGCAAGGUCAGGAUUUCCUAGUCCAAGGGUUCCUUGAUUCUGAGCCUUCUCCCUCCUCUCUAGUAAUAUAAGCUUUGUUAGUCGUCCCAUAUAGCUAUAUACUACUGCAGUGGUGAUCUAAAUGUUGAAGAUGUACAGUUCUGCAAGUAAAGUAACAGUAGUUUGAAGAGAUCACUGUUCCAGUACUGCUGUCCCCCUUCCUAGCCCAUAAUCUUGUCUGUGUUGUUGUUCUUACUGGAAGUAUUUUUUGGCCAAGGUGGGAAUUCCUUUACUACCCCCCCCCCUUUUCUCGUAGCAUAUAAAUGUAUAAAAUUGCAGCCUUGUCUGGUUAUUUUGUAUAACAAAGCCUUCCUUUUUCUGAAAGGCAGGAAAGCACUGAAUUCUGGGGCCCGUGUAUCUGCUUUAUACCAGCAUGGCCUUGAGUUUCCUGGGACAUAUGGUUUGUUUGGAGGUCCCCCUGAAGGCUUUCUUAUAAUAGCCAGAUGUCUGAUCAUUGACAGGCUACAUCUCAUACAACUAUAUGCUACUGCAACUGUGAUCUAUUCAAACAUCUGCUGUUACGGUAAGUUUAUUUACAUAACUGCACUUUCCUCCCCACCCUCAUCUCAGGAUUGGCACACCCAUCACAGUCAAGUACUCAAGCUGCUAAUCAAAUUCUUAUCACUUGGGACAUGGUUAGGGCUUUAGUUUUGACCAUUCUCUUUAUUAUGUGUUCAAACGUUAGUCAUUAGCUUGGCUGGUUGUGCCAUGCAGCUUUCUCAGGAGUCUUCAUUGUAGGUGAGGUUAACUCUGUUUCCAUUAGAGUGUUUGAUUUCAAGUAAGAUUAUAUUUUUUUCUUGGAAGUUACGAUUUCCAGCAUGCAGAAUUUCUGAGUUUGAGUCAGUAGGUUGUCUUUUUUUCAACAAGAACAAGAUUACAUUAUGUGCCAGUUUAAUUUUUUUUUUUCAGAAAUAACAUUGAAUUUACUUCUUCCUGAACCAUGUUCAUUCAAAGGAAAAGUCUUUUCAAAGUGCCUAGGUAUGAGAAAGGUGUAGAAGUGUUAAAUUUACAGAACUUGAUCAGUAAUGUCAGUGUGUGUGUAUUAAUUUACAAAAGUGAAAAUAGGUUGACCAGUGUUAAAACCAUGUCAGCUUGGGAUUUUUAAUGCCAUUGGUCAAGAUGGUGACUUGCAGGGUGUAAGUCCACACUUUUUUUUCCUUUCAUUAUUUGUGAUGGCAAUAGACAUGGUGUCAUCAUCAAUAAUUUGACAUUCAGGGACUGUGUAUUCACCAUGAUAUGGUCAUGUUGCUGCUAUCUGAGGAACAUCUGCAGAAUCAAACACUUCGUGCCUCAAGAGCAUAUCUUGCUUAGUCAGUUGUACUUUGAUGUCUUCCCACCUCAACUGCUGCAAUUCUCUCUACCCUGGGCCAUGGCCGGCCUUAGGCAUAGGCCAACUAGGCGGUGUUACUCAGACAUUACCACUGUGUUGCAGAGAUUGCACUGGUCCUUGUUUGAGUCCACUUUUAUUUUCAUGGUGUUAAUGUUGUAUUAUUUGUCUAUUACCUGAAGGUGGUUAUCCUGUACUGCCAACUUGGGUGUUGCUGUUUGCCUCCCAGAUGCUUCUGAUAGUUCCUCAGGUGUGACUUAAACCAUCUGCUAUUUAUUUACCUACCAUGUGCCACACUUUCUGGAGUUUUAUUUCAGUGGCUUUGAGGUUGUGCCACACUUGACUUCCUUUUGAGGGUCAUUAAAUUGUACUUAAUUGAUUAAUAAAGGUCUUCUUGACCAUUUGCAUGUUGUUUUUUUAAAUAUUUAUCAACUGAGGUCUUAUUUAUGUAUUGAUUGUUUAAAUAUUUUAUUGUUUUUUUGGGGGGUCAGUUGUACUGUUUUCUUAUCUUUAUUAUAAUAGUAACAUUUUAUUGUUCAGAUGCUUUGAACUUAAGCACUUCAGUGAAGUUGGAUUUAAAGGAUAUUUGCUAUUUAGUCUGGAAACUGAGCUCUUAAUUUAUGAAGGGAAAAAAAGGAGCAAACCCUUACUGCUGUGAGUAUGAAAUCUCACCUUGAAAAAUAAAGCAGAAAAGUGAGCAGAAAUCAUGGUUCUGUCAAGGCAUAUGGUUCCUUCCUGCAGCAAGUUUCUUAAAUAUCAUAAUUGUUUUGAAUACCAGAAAGGAUGUGGAGUGUUGUUUAUGCCACUUUUAAGAAGGCUGUGACAGCUCUCUUGACUGCUGUCUUGACCACCCCAGAUGGAGGUUUGGGGAGAGAGAAAAGAGGUUCCUCUAUACAGCUUUUUGGUUUAGCACUGUUGCCAGUGCAUAGGAAAGGAUUUAGUAGCCAGUGUCUGUCUUAAGUACUCCUGCCUCUUCUGUAUGUCCUGUUUUAUACCCUUGCCAAAUGUUGUAUCUUGACAGAAAGGUCAGACAACGAAUGAGGUGCAGGUGUUGCUCUAGAAAAGAGCUAUCUGUGCUUGGAUGCAUAGAGCAGAGUGAUUGAGUUGUGACUGCAUCCCUGGCAGUCAGAUUUCAAUUAGCUACCCCACUAAUAGUCAUGCUGGGAAAGGGAGGUUGAUAAAGGGCAUGUCCUACUCCCCUCUUCAUGGGGUUGGGAAGGGUUGCACACCCUCAGGGACAGAUUCGGUGGUACAGUCUCUCUGGUGGAGAUGGGAGAAACUGCCUCUCAUACUCUCAUAACGUCAUACUUCCAGAGGAGGAGUAGGAAUGCUUGGAGGGAAUUCCCUUUGCAGAAGUGAGGAGAUCUCCACUGUCAACCUGUGGCAUGCCCCUCCUCUGCCCUUCACCAGGCGUAUACAUGAACUAGGGCAUACAUAUAGAAAAGACUUAAACUCUGUCUGAUGGGUCCCUCCCAUUCAGCCCUCACCCAAGUGAUUGGGAACAAAUGGGUCAGUUGGCUGGAAGGGGACUCAUGCAUGACCGGUAGUGGGAGUAAAAAAAGAAGAAAAGAAAAAAAAGCUGUCCAGGAGGUCCUGCCAUCAGGGACUCCUGUACUGUUUCAUGUUCCUUUUAGUUACAAAGAAGAUGCAGAAGAUAAAGACCUAGACUGGACUUGAGGGGCCUAAACAUUUUCGUCCCAAAGUAGACCUUGCAUAUGUUCACCCGUCAUCUGAUUGGAUGUGCUUUUUAUACCUUGUAUAAAAAAGUCAUGAAGUUCCAAGGAGAUUCAGGUGUUUUUGAUCUGAAACUAAAUGUUACAAAUUCAGAAUUCUGAUGUUUAACCUCUCCUUCAAGUCAAGAUUGUUCAUGAAGUAAAUUUAGUAGUAGUGCCACCUCUCUGUGUGUACCUCCCUGCUUGGAUGGCAGACUUCUUCAUAGGUGCAUACCAGUCUAUCUGUCUGCAUACAAUUACAAGGCUAGCUAAUAAUUGGAGGUCAGAAUCAAACCUGUACCUUCUAUCUCUUUGGUUAGAAUGUUAACCAGUAUUACAUGCGUACCUCUGUUUCACAUUUUCGUUACUUGGUGAUCACUGUAAAAUUUGUAGAGUCCCAUCUGCCUCCAACCCAGUGCUUGAAUUUCAUGGGCUGUUACCUAGAUACAAAGACAAAAUAGUCAGUUUUGGUGUCAGAGGGAAUUUCAGGAAUUCUAUCCAAGAUUCUUCUUUUUAUGUCAUCAGAUGAUGAUUAUUCGGGCAGUCCAUGCCUUGUCUCUUUUGAACUAGUACCAGCUUUGAGUCGGGUUGCAGAACAUGCAAAUUACUCUUGUUCAAGUAAUAGGUAUUCUAGGAUUGUUAUGUACACUUUAGCUCUUAACUCACGGACACCACAUACAUGUUAGGGACAUUCCCCUCUCAUUCUUUGGGCUCAAGAUUUAGAGAGAAGCAACAGGAGAAGUCACAAGAAGGAUGUACCUUGGUGUUCCAUUUAUGGCAGAGAAUCUCGUUUAACAUUAACUGAUGUACUGAGUGGUUGCUUAUCUGUUAUUUUAUUCUGAAUUUGUUAUUUGACAAUGUAAGUAACAUUUAAAGUUUAUGCCAAGUGACUGUAUCACUAAGUAAUGAAGUACACGACCUAAGCUUGUACCUGCUGUGUUGUAUAAGUACAGUGUGUUUUGGUACAGUAAGCAAUUGGUCUUUUGGCUGCAUUCGCAAUUGAUGCUAUUUGUAGCUGGUUAUAUCAGUGCUCAUUCAGUCAUGUUGUAACUCACAAGUUUGCCUUGGUUCUCGUUUAAAAAGCAUACAUUUAUAUCACAAAUUUCUGCAGAACAGUAUGAUGGAGGGAUAUCUGUAUCACAAACCUUGAAUUUUAUUUCUGCUAAGUUUUCAGUACUGUAGCAUUAUUGUUUGGUAUUUUGAGACUUGCUUGAUUUCCUGUUUUUACUGAAUGUUAAUUCCUCUCUGUCCUACACUACAAAAAUAGUUGGAAAGAGUGUUCCAGUGAAGUUAUAUAAAUAUUGAGUGGCAUUGUUAAAUGUUAGACUCGCCCCUACAUUUGUCCAAAAAUUGUUUAUACUUUUACAGUAAAGUGGUAGGCAGUCCAUCAUGCAGAGUGGAAUACUGAAGUCCUUUUAGAACACUGAAUAAAUUUGGGGGCAUCAGCUUAUCUUUCAGGCAGCAUAAAUUUGCUGUUUAUGUAAAUCAUUGGCUUACAUAGAAACUGUCACAAGUAGUGAUUUUUGUUUUAAUGCGAUUAAAAGCAGUACCCUUAUACUUUUAAGCUGUGGAAUGCUGCUGAUUUGGAAACUUGGUUUGGCAAACGGCCCUAAAUGUGCAAAGGAGGUUUGUUGAGUAGUUCAAAAAUAGUUUUCUUUAGAAAACUUGGUUCCUUGCCUAGUAGCUGAACUCCUGACAUAAAGCCACUCACUCAAAAGGCAGUACUUUGGAAGAGAGCAGUUCUUGUACGUUGUAUGUUGUGCUUAAUCAUACUUGUAUGCUUCGUAUAGCAGAAGUCUGCUGAAGAUUGUUCCCUGGUUCGCAGGCAUUUCCUGCAUCUGCUGUGCCUCUCCCUUUAUUUAUUUUGACAUUUAAGUUGGAUGGUCUAUCGCAAGACAGAUGUAGAAUCUUAUUUUACUUUGAAGACCAAAAAGUAUAUUUCUGUGGAGAGUUUUCUAUGGAAGAUGCAAACUGGAAUUAAAGAUGCAGAUUAUUUUUAACUCAG